UCCCUGAGCUUGAGAGACAUAGAGGCAGAGCGCGAAGUAGUCGCUGCUUCCUUCUCCCUCGCGGCCGCUUCCUGUUCUCCUCGCGCUCGCCUUCGCGCCAGAAUGUAAUAGCCGUCUUACUGCCUGGAUCCUCUCCAUUGAACAAUUCAGCAGGUGCGGUGGUAGCAGAGAAGACCAGUUUCUUGGGAUGAAUUACCUUUAAGGUCCCAUCCAGUACUAUGAUUCCAUGAUUUUGGAGCUUUUGCCAGAAGAAUUCCCUGAAGCUGAAAGAUGUCCAAGGAUACAUUGCUGCAGUUAAUGUUUCUGAAGUAACCUAGAGUGAGGACUAAGCCUUCUCCUUCUCCACAUGCUGGUGCUUGAGGAUUAUUACCAACUAUUGCAAUGGCCCCAUGGCAUCCCUUGGUAGGUGAUCCAGAGGCAAGCUCUGGUAGGCUGGUGCCUCACCACUCCACCGCUCCCAGCAACGGCUGAGGCCUGCAUGUCCCAAUGGGGGUGAGCAGCGCCUUCCCACAGGAAGUCAAAAUCAGAACCGCUGUUAGACUAUGACAUCGUAUCGACCAGUCCAUGAGAGUGGCGACGUUGGGGGCUCUGGCCUGAAAGGAGAUUAUUUCUCUCCGGGAUUCUGGGCCCAGAAUGGCUGCUCCAUGCAUGCAGAUGGCCCCACUUCCUCACGUCCCACCACGACAACUCCAGCCAUGCCAAAAAUGGGGGUGCGUGCCAGGAUUGCCGACUGGCCCCCCAAGAGAGAGGGGCUGAAGGAUCCCACCAUCCCAAGUACUUCUAGAGACCUGGAGACCCCCACCUCUGUGCCACGGGGUUUCCAGAAUGGACAGCUUCCAAGUGGAGCAGUGUUCCCCUCGGCGGUCAGAGGCUUCCAGCGCCUGGCCCGAAGAAGGUCCAAGGACACAGAGUUCCAGGAUGGUUGGCCACGGUCUCCUGGGAGGGGGUUUCUGCCGCUACGGAACCGGAGCAGUAGUGAGAUCACACUCAGUGAGUGUGACUUGGAAGAACCUUUUGAGCCUCGGGUGGCCAAACUCUCCAGCGGCUUGCCUCUUUUCCGGGAGUAUGGGAGCACCUCUUCCAUCGAUGUGCAAGGCAUCUCGGAGCAGAGCUUCUAUGAGAUGCUGAAUGAGUUCCGCAGUGGGAAGUCAGCAGCCCAGCAGCAGCCACCACCGCCAGACUCUUUCAGAAGUUCCAGAAACACCAAAGCUGAAUCCAGGAAUGAUCAGGGGUUGUCUAUUCUGGGAGAUGAUUUCCCCCUUCAGCACAAGGAAAAGUCCCGGAAGAAGGGCCCCAAAGGAGAUGUGGCAGGUAGCGAUUCCAUUUUUAGGAAGUUGCGCAGUGUCCGGGGUGAUGGUGAAACAUGCAAGGCCCUUGCGGAUACUGAGGAAGGGGUCCGAUCCUGGCUAUGCCAGAAGAGUUUUGCACACUACGACGUCCAGAGUAUGCUCUUCGACCUCAAUGAAGUGGUGGCCCGACGUGCCUAUGUGGCCCAACGGAGAAACACCACCACUGGCGCAUCAGCUGCAUCGGCAGUGUCCACUGCUGUCUCCCGGGCCUGUGGGUUAACAGGACUGGAGCCGGCCCCUUCCUUCAUCAGCACCGAGGACCUGAACUACAAAGAGAACUUGGAGCAUGACCCUGGGGACAACAAUAGCAAUGAUCUUCUGCUCAGCUGCCCUCAUUUCCGCAAUGAAAUAGGCGGUGAGCAGGAGCACAAUGUCAGUUUCUCUCAAGCCUCAGCCAGCUCUCCAGGCGGUGGAAGCUGCGGGGAAGGCAGCUUUGCUGAGGUCUCUCCAGCCACCUAUUGUACAAACGCCAGCCUUUCUGUGGUGGAAGUCCCAAAGGAACUCCAACGCAACAUCAGCAGGCUGAAGCACUACAGCAUUGAGCACGUAGACUUGGGUGCCCGCUACUACCAGGACUACUUCUGUGGCAAAGAGCAUUCCAACUACUUUGGGGUAGAUGAGAAACUGGGUCCAGUGGCUGUGAGCAUCAGGCGUGAGAAGCUAGAGGAUCACCGGGAGCAUGGGCCUCAGUAUCAGUACAGAAUUAUCUUCCGCACCAGUGAGCUGACAACCCUCCGUGGGUCCAUUCUUGAGGAUGCCACACCCACUACCACUAAGCAUGGCACCAUCCGUGGACUCCCUCUCAAGGAUGCACUGGAGUAUGUGGUUCCCGAGCUGAACAUCCACUGCCUGCGAUUGGCCCUGAACGUACCCAAAGUGACUGAGCAACUACGGAAGCUUGAUGAGCAGGGGCUCUGCCGGAAGCACAAAGUGGGCGUUCUGUAUUGCAAAGCAAACCAGAGCUCGGAGGAAGAGAUGUACAACAACGAGGAGGCUGGGCCUGCUUUUGAGGAGUUCCUGGCACUCCUGGGGGAGAAGGUGUGCCUACGAGGGUUCACCAAGUAUGCUGCCCAGCUGGACACCAAAACUGACUCCACAGGCACCCACUCCCUCUACACCACCUACCAGGGCUACGAGGUCAUGUUCCAUGUCUCGACAAUGCUUCCUUACACCCCCAACAAUAGGCAACAGUUGCUCAGGAAGAGACACAUUGGGAAUGACAUCGUCACCAUCAUCUUCCAGGAGCCAGGGGCCCUACCCUUCACCCCCCAGAACAUCCGCUCCCAUUUCCAGCACGUCUUCAUCAUUGUCCGAGUCCAGAACCCUUGCACAGAGAAUGUUUGCUACAGUGUGGCAGUGACCCGCUCCAAAGAUGUCCCUCCUUUCGGGCCAGCCAUCCCAAGUAGAGCUGCUUUCCGUAAAUCUGAUGUCUUCCGGGAUUUCCUGCUGGCUAAGGUGAUCAAUGCCGAGAACGCAGCCCAUAAGUCUGAUAAGUUCCACACCAUGGCUACUCGCACACGGCAGGAGUACUUAAAGGACCUAGCCGAGAACUCCGUCACCAGCACACCCAUCGACUCCACAGGGAAGUUCAACUUGAUUUCACUGACCUCCAAGAAGAAAGAGAAAACGAAAGCCCGGAUUGGGGCCGAACAGUUCAGCACGGGGGCUAUUGCAUGGAGAGCUCUGGCACAGGACUACAGCCAGGGGGUGGAAAUUGAAGCUGUCUUGGGCAUCUCCAAUGAAUUUGUUGUCCUCUUGGACCUGGGUGCCAAGGAAGUGGUAUUCAACUGUUUUUGUGCAGAUGUCAUUGGCUGGACUCCAGAUACUUUCAGCAUCAAGAUUUUUUAUGGACGAGGGGACCAUAUCUUUGUCCGAGCUUUGGAUAGCAAUCCUGAUGACAUCAAGGAGAUUGUGCAGCGGCUAAAGGUCAUGACCUCAGGCUGUGAGACCAUUGAAAUGACCCUCCGGAGGAAUGGGCUGGGGCAGCUUGGCUUCCAUGUGAAGUUUGAUGGCACAGUGGCAGAGGUGGAAGAUUAUGGCUUUGCUUGGCAGGCGGGGCUGCGCCAGGGCAGCCGGCUCGUGGAGAUCUGCAAGGUGGCCGUAGUCACACUCAGCCAUGACCAGAUGAUUGACUGGCUACGCACUUCGGUGACGGUGAAAGUGGUCAUCAUUCCUCCUCAUGAUGAUGGCACUCCUCGCAGGGGCUGGGCUGAGUCCUUUAAAAUGAGCAUCAUGGAACCCAAGAUGGAACCUGAGAGCUUACCAGUUGGUUACCGGCCUCCAUACCGGAGCAACUCUGCCUGGCAGUGGAGUGGGUCAGUAACUCACGGUUCCUCUCAGUCUUCUAAAUGGACAGAGCACCCAGCUUCAGGCCAAUCCCAGUCUCUCACCAGGACCCCGAAACAGAGUGCCAUGGCUCCUUACAGAGAGUCACAGCCUCUGCAUGGCAAAAGGCCGGUGAGCUUCCCAGAGACCCCCCAUGCUGCAUCAUCCUCCCAGGGUGGAACAGAGCGGACACAAGCAUACCGGCAGCCCUCGAGCAGUUUCUCUGUGCCUGGCUCUUCAGGUGCAACCUACAGCCGGUUCAAGCCCUUGCCAGAAAGCUCCGUUCACAGGUAUGCAGGACCCCAGCGGUCGUUGGUGCCAUUUGAUUCACUCUAUGCUCACGAGGUGACCUCCAACGGAGGGGACUCCUCUUCAUCUGGAGGACUAGCCAGCCAGGAGAGCACCAUGGAGAAGCCCAAGCCUGAACCUCUUUGGCAUGUGCCAGUGCAGCCCAGGAUCUCUGCAGCUUCUGGAAGCAAGCGGGCAAGCCGACAUGAGCUGGCAGGCAAGGAUUCUCCCAACCGGCACUCCAAGGGCGAGGGGCAGUAUUCAAGCAGCCACUCCAGCAGCAACACCCUUUCCAGCAAUGCCUCCAGCAGCCACAGUGACGAGCGCUGGUUUGACACGCCUGAUCCUGUUGAGGCCGAUCCAGACCCCCUGGCCAAAGGGGGCUCCAGCGACAGUGGCAUCGAUGCUACCAGUGCUAAGUCCUCCCAGAGAGAUAAACUGCCCAAGUCCUCACCUCCCUUUGGCUCCACUCACCAUGAGCCCAGCGGCAAGAGGAAAGAACCUCCCAGUGGGCAGAGCUGGAGCUACCGACCGAAGGCCUUUGGGAUGGGGGCCAGUGUGCCUGCCAGAGGAGGCGGUGGCAGCGGCAGCAUUAAUGACCACCUCAAGCAGUCUAGCCACAACAACAGCAGCUCCAGGGCAACUUACCCUGCCCAUGUAUACAAAACACCCACGGGAGAGACAUCUCGGGCCCCACACAUGCCACAAUCCAGCUCCUUCCAGCUCUCUGCCUCUGUGCCCAAGUCCUUUUUCUCCAAGCAGAACAGCAGGAGCAAGCACCUGCCAGCCAGGUGGAAAAAGAACAAUGAAGAUGUCCCCACUAGACCUGUCACCUUCACAGACCCAAAGAAGCAAGUGGACCUGAGCACUAAGAAUGUCUUUGGGCAGCCCCGAUUGCGAGCCUCCCUACGUGACCUCCGCUCCCCACGCAAGACCUACAAAUCUACCAUUGAGGAUGAUUUAAAGAAGCUGAUCAUCAUGGACAGCACUACUGCUGAGCAGGAGAGAGAUUUGUCCCCGCAGAAGACACUCCAGCGGACCCUCUCAGAUGAGAGCUUAUGCAGCGGCCGGCGUGAUGCUACCUAUGCCAACGCCUACUGCUUUGAGCAACCCCUCCCCAGUGAUGUCCUCUUCACCAGCACCUAUCCCUCCAGCACCCUCCCCAUGCGGAAGCAGCAACAGCAGCAAUCUCCCAGCAAUGGAAACCUCUCUGAGAAGAAGUCCACCAUCUCAGCCUCUGAGCUCUCCCUGAACGAUGUGCGGGACAAAUCUUUGCGGCGCAUUGAUCCUGGCCUGAUGCCACUGCCGGACACAGCCACUGGCUUGGAGUGGUCAAGCUUGGUUAGCGCUGCAAAGGCCUACGAAGUGCAAAGAGCUGUUUCCCUCUUCUCCCUCAAUGAUGCUGUGUUGAGCCCUGACGUGCCAUCCGCCCACAGCCCCAUCCUUGGGCACCUGAGCCUGGAGAGGCAGCCAACACCACGCACGACACCCACCAUGAGUGAGGAACCAUCAGUAGAUCUGACUGGCAAAGUCUAUCAGCUGGAGGCCAUGCUGAAACAGCUCCACACCGACUUGCAAAAGGAAAAGCAGGACAAAGUGGUGCUCCAGGCAGAAGUGGCCAACCUCCGGCAAAACAACCAGCGCCUGCAGGAGGAGUCGCAGACGGCCAAUGAGCAGCUACGCAAGUUUGCUGAGAUCUUCUCCAACGCCGUGGAGAAGAAGGAGCUGUGAGCACGCCCCUGCUCCCCCUCCCCAGGGCACACAGGGUGGGGAGGGGUGGGCUGUUGCAGCUGGUUUAGGAAAGGACUGUGGUGGCAGCUGGGUGUGGACUCUUCCCUGGAGCAAACGCACCACUUUCUCUCCUGGAGAAAGGC